AAAAUCCUUGGUUUAGAUGUAGAUACUUGUCGCCGGAACCGCUCGCCGAUUUAUAAAUAGUUCAUGAGUCACCGUGUCAUGGUAGCCCUCAAACCCAAGUUACACUUCACUUUGUCGUUGUGUCGACGCAUUGUGAAGUUGUCCCGUCGUCAGUCGUGACGAAUUGAUAAUUAUUUUUCAGCGUGGACCUGUGACAACUUCACCUUGUCGCCUUUGACGAGAGGCGCCCCACCUCUCCCCUCCCCUCUUCACUGCUCUCGCUUGGUGGUUACUGUAGUUUGUUGAGUGAAUAUUUGAAAUUCCUGAACAGAUUAUAUGGCAACGAUGACGGAUUCAAGCAUCAGGCCUCUUCGAACACCCAAGACUGUACCGAUAAUUGAUGAUUACGAAAUAUCAAAUACAGUUCUUGGUCUGGGGAUCAAUGGCAAAGUAGUGCAAUGCUAUUCCAAAACUACUAGAGAGAAAUACGCCUUAAAGGUUUUACAUGACAAUGUGAAAGCUCGUCGGGAAGUGGACUUGCAUUGGAGGGCUAGUGGCUGUCGGCAUAUUGUCAAUAUUAUAGAUGUGUAUGAGAACACUUACAGUGGGAAUAAAUGUCUUCUUGUUGUGAUGGAAUGCAUGGAGGGAGGUGAGCUUUUCCAACGAAUUCAAGAAAGACAGGAUGGAGCAUUCACAGAAAGAGAAGCCGCACAGGUCAUGUGGGAAAUUUGCUCUGCUGCCAAAUAUUUGCAUGAUGUCAAUAUUGCUCACAGAGACCUCAAACCUGAAAACCUACUCUAUACCAAACCAGGUGAAGAUGGAGUUUUAAAACUGACUGACUUUGGUUUUGCCAAGGAGACAUUUUCAAAAGACACCCUUCAGACUCCUUGCUACACACCUUACUAUGUUGCUCCAGAAGUUUUAGGACCUGAAAAAUAUGACAAAAGUUGUGACAUUUGGUCACUUGGUGUCAUUAUGUACAUUCUAUUGUGCGGAUUCCCCCCCUUCUACAGCAAUCAUGGCCUUGCAAUUUCGCCGGGAAUGAAGAAGCGUAUUCGGACAGGGCAGUAUGAUUUUCCCAAUCCUGAAUGGCAGAAUGUUUCACCAGAGGCCAAAGACCUUAUUCGUGGAAUGCUGAACAUUGACCCCACAAAACGUUUUACUAUUGAGCAGGUCAUGAGGAAUCGGUGGAUAUCUCAAUACACUGAGGUUCCCCAAACUCCACUUCAUACAGGGCAUAUGUUGCGUGUAGGAGGCGAUAUCUGGCCGGAGGUGCAGGAAGAAAUGACACGCUCACUUGCAACCAUGCGAGUGGAUUAUGAUCAAGUUCAUAUUAAAGAUUUGAACAACUCUAAUAAUGAGCUUCUGAAUAAACGACGCAAACGUGGAGAUGCGCCAUCUGGUUCAACUGCACAAGGGCAUGCUACUGAGCAAGAGGUUCAAUCAUAAACAAUUUUCUUUUCUAUUUAGUGUCUUGAGUCCUUUUCCCUCCAGACUGUUUAUUGUUGUACACAUCUCAGUUACCUAUGUAUGUUGAAUUAACCUUUAAAUGAGUACUUUGUAAAAUGGUGUUGUGCAUGGGAUGGAUUCAUACAAAAAGUACAAGACAUCAUUCACUCACUCUGUCACAGUGGGCUUAAUGAAUGCUAUCAAUAAUGUCAGAAUGAAUCAAUCAAAUUAGUUUAUCAGAUAUACUUAAAAAUUUUGACACCUCUAUUUGGUGGUUGCGUACUUAAAGUACAUAAAUAGAUUUAAAACUGUAUUGUUUGUGUUGGACCACAGUGUUUUGUGCUGUUAGUUGAGGUGUAUGCCAUAGUAGUUCAGGAAGUUCUUUAAGAUAACUAAUUUAGCAGUGGGGGUCUUUGACCACGAUAGUAUUCUUUCCUUUUUUUUUGUUGGAGUGAAUAGCUUAAAUCACAUUUUUAUACAUUUACAUACUGAUUUUCAGAUGAAGUUAGGAAAAGUUGCUAACUUUUUAAAACAACAAAAUUGGUUAGGACUUGUCUCAAAUUUAAGGUGAUCUAUGUAGGUCAAUCAGAAAAGAAUAUGGGAGUGUUUCCAGUUAAUUUUCAUCAUUAUCAUGUUAAAUUUUACUUUGUCUCAUUUGCCCUUGCAUCCAAGGUUGUAUGUAACAUUUAUCUGUUGACGUUUGUCUUUGAAUUAGAUGUCAAUGAAUGUGUACAGUCAUUUAAAAAAGGUCCAGUAGUAGCUGUGGCUAAGAAACUAAGCGGGUUGUCAAUUCCACAUAGUCUUAAUUAAAUAGUUAUCUCGUCUUAAUGCUUCCUAAACCUAAUAUAGAGACUAAACAUGUUUAUAAGUUUGAAACCUUAAAAUUUUGUGCCGUUUGAAAGAUAAUCUUGAUUUCAUGUCUUCUUGUCUACUUCAUAAGUGUUGGCAAUGUAACAAUUUUCCCCUUUGUAAACUCUUACCAGCCAUUGAAUUCGAGAUGAAAUGUGACUUAGGUAGUAAUUGAAACAUUCUGUACACAAUAGAUUGUUUAGGUCCCCAAAGCUUUCUAUUUCUCCUUGUGAGAGUAAUGCACAAGCUGAGAGACAAUGUGAUUAACUAGAGGUAUACCUCAAUGCCUUCUUGUGAUUUUACUUCGUCCUUUUGAAAGAACCAGUUUCUCAUUAAAAAGUUUCAUUGAAAUGCAUAUAAAACUCUAGUAAUAUUGUUAAUAUCUCAAAUGUUUAAUGUUUGUUACUAUCAUUUUCAAACUAUACUACAGUUGUGCAUUGUUAUUUAGGUAAGAUUUUCAAUAGGACAUAAGUUGAGCUACUAAAACAACAAUCAGUUGGUUCUCUAGCCGUGUUUGUGGGCCCUUAGCCCCCUGUGUAGUGAUAGGAGACAAUAAUUUUGUUUGCAAGUCUGUAAAAUCUAUUACACUUGAUUAAUGUCAUUUUUACAUUUUAGUUUUUGUGUGAGUGUGCAUUUGUGUGUGUGUGUGUGUGUGAGAGAGAGUGUGUGUGUUUGUUGCAUUUGUCAGUAAUGUGAAGGACAAGGUUCAUGACAACCUCUAUUACAUUCUGACUCCCUAAAAAUGUAUCUGGAUUUUCCUAGUUACUUGCUAAACCAAACUAGAAAAAAAAUCAAAUGUUCGUCUGUAUUAUGUUGUUCAUUUUACAUAUUUGAAACUUGAAUAGAUUAAUUAGUCCAUCAGAUUGUGUCUGGUGUGCUUUGUAUCAUAACAAUUCUGCUCGGGACUUGACAAAGCAUAAAUUGUGUGAAUGUCUUAGGAACUUUGUGAGAGAUGAUCUGAAAAGCAAGCAAGUGUGGAAGGUAUGUUGUUUUUUUUUAUUUUAUAGUUAAGAAAAAUGAACAAUAAUUAGGAUCAAAGGGUAUUGUCGAAUGUGAUUUUGAAAGAGCUUACUUAUGUCAUACUUUCAUUAAUACUGAAGUUUGCCUUGGGCAAUUGUAAUUUUAUAGAUAUGGAAUUCAUAGUAUUUCAGUUAUCACCUUUGUUUCUUUAUUCUUUUGUAAGAUAUAUUUUGUGUGUAGGUAGCCACUGCGGUUGGCACUUUUCCUGUCUUGCAUUUUAAAAGACUGUUUGAAUUUUCAUGAGACCAUGUGUCUGUAUGUUGUCUAUUCAUCAAUGGGACAUGUUGUCCAAAUUGGUUUUCAUUGUCUUUUUGAUGUCAUGGUGCAUCUCUAUUGUGACUGUAUUACACACAGAUAAGUCACUUUGGGUGUAGCAAAUUUUCUCCAUUUUUCUUGCUCAAUUUGUAAUUUGGUCCAAUUUUUAUUUUAACUGUGGUAACAAAUUACUAAUAAAAAUUUUCAGCUUCCA